AUGCCCAACGACACCUCUUUCAGCAAGCCGUCGGCUUCGUCGGAGCAUCACGCCCAGGGGACCAAAACGGGCCCUUUUGGGAAGGCUGCCGGGCUGGCGGCCGCCGGAGCUGGCGGCAACUCGGGGGGUUUAACCCAGGGCCCUGCUGGGGCCGCCACCGCUGCGGGGAAGAAGUCCCCGCGGCUCCCCAAGUGCGCCCGCUGUAGGAACCACGGCUACUCCUCGCCCCUGAAGGGCCACAAGCGGUUCUGCAUGUGGAGAGAUUGCCAGUGUAAAAAAUGCAGCUUGAUCGCCGAGAGGCAACGGGUGAUGGCCGCCCAGGUUGCGUUGAGAAGACAACAAGCCCAAGAGGAAGAGCUGGGGAUCAGCCACCCCAUCCCAUUGCCUAGUACCACAGAAAUGUAUGUGAAGAAAGAGAACAACGCUAACAGUUCCUGCCUGCUAGAAAGCACCAGCCCACCCCAGUCGUCCACCACAGCAACUGUAGUGUCUACCUCAUCCACAGAAGGACGGAUGCUGAUUCAAGACAUUCCUUCCUUGGCCAGCAGAGGGCAUCUGGAGAGCACAUCUGACUUAGUUAUGGACCCCACCUACUACAGCAGUUUAUACCAGCCAUCCCUGUAUCCUUAUUACAACAACCUCUACAACUAUUCUCAGUAUCAAAUGGCUGUGGCCACCGAAACCACCUCUGGUGAUAUGGGAAGCCCAUUGACAGGGUCACCUGUUAAGAGCAGCCUCCGAAGCCUCCCAACCACUUAUAUGUCAAGCCAGUCAGGAAACCAGUGGCAGGUGAAAAGCCCAGAAGGCCGGCACAGCUUGAGUUCCCAAUACAGGAUGCAUUCCUACUAUCCCUCCAGCUCUUACUUGGGACAGAGUGUUGGAGCCCCUGCUUGUGUUCCCCAAAUUUUUACUUUCGAGGAGAAUCCUUCUUACUCUGAAACAAAAGCAAAUGUAUUUUCACCACCCAGUAGUCAAGAUUCUGGCUUGGUUUCCCUUUCCAGCAGUUCUCCCAUCAGCAAUGAAAGUACCAAGGCUGUGCUGGAGUGCGAAUCCGCCUCUGACUCCAGCACCUUUCCAGUGCAUUCUGUCAUGGAAGAUGGCGAAUAA